UCUUGUUGAGUGUCGGCCCACACUCAUCGUUCACUAGCACAAAAUUGAGCCAGUUUUCGCUUAAUACGUCAUCGUUCUCAGAAACGCAGAGAGAGAGAGAGAGAGUCACGCAGCUUGCAGGAGGUCACUUGGCGAGGAGUUGCAGAAUUUCUCACAGCUAUCUUUGUUGGGAGCUAGAUGUCUGAUAAUGUAAUUGCCUGUUGCUGCUCCUCGCUGACCUGUGGCCGUGGACAUUAAUUCAAACAAAUUGCCUAUGAAGAGUUUUGUUGGUUAUAUAUGUUCACUUCUCAUGCUACCCUUCGAUUUCUCAAAAAAUACAACCCCAUUUUGGCUAUCUAUGGUGAUAAGCCUUUUGGCUGUUGGAACAGAAGUUCCAAUAAAGGGGUACAUUCCCUUCACCAAUUUAAACAACGGAGAACUAUUCGACAAAUUAACAGACGGAUGAGGAAAUCUUACAAAUCAGCUGAGAAAGAAUCUCUUGAUGUAAAAGUUUAUACAAGGGAUACCGUUAGAAACAUAUCAAAUAUUUUAAGGUAUUCAACUUGGGAUGUUGCUCAAGAACAGCUAAAGAAGCUCACCUUAAGAUGGGAUUCUUACACAAUCAAUCAAGUUCUCAAAACCCAUCCUCCAAUGGAAAAGGCCUGGUUGUUUUUCAAUUGGGCUUCUGGGUUGAAAGGUUUUAAGCAUGACCAGUUUACUUAUACAACCAUGCUGGAUAUUUUUGGAGAAGCUAGAAGGAUUUCGUCAAUGAACUAUGUUUUUCAGCAGAUGCAGGAGAAAGGGAUCAAGAUUGAUGCUGUUACUUACACUUCCCUUCUGCAUUGGCUUUCCAAUGAUGGGGAUUUUGAUGGGGCAGCAAAGGUUUGGAAGGAGAUGAAAGCCAAGGGAUGUCAUCCCACAGUUGUUUCUUAUACUGCGUAUAUGAAGGUUUUAUUUGAUCAGAACAGAGCGAAGGAGGCCGCUGAGGUCUACAAGGAGAUGCUUCAAUCUGGUUGUUCGCCAAAUUGUUACACAUACACAGUCUUAAUGGAGCAUCUUGCUGGUUCUGGCAAAUACAAAGCAGCUCUGGAUAUUUUCAGUAAAAUGCAGGAAUCUGGAGUACUACCUGAUAAAGCUACGUGCAACAUUUUGGUUGAGAAAUGUUGCAAAGCAGGGGAAACAUGGGCAAUGACCCAAAUUCUUCAGUAUAUGAAAGAAAAUUUCCUCGUCCUUCGUUACCCUAUAUAUCUGGAAGCACUUGAAACUCUAAAAAUUGCUGGUGAGAGUCAUGUGCUCCUUCAGCAAGUUAAUCCUCAUGUUUCUACUGAAUGCAUUAAGGAAGAGACAGACGACUUUUCUGCAGCUACUUCUGAUGUUCACUCCACAAUAGACAGAGGAGUAAUAUUAAAUUUUUUGAUGAGGAAAAAUUUUGUUGCUGUUGAUUGCUUACUUUCCAGCAUGAUGGAUAAGAAUACUCCAUUGUACUCUGGUAUUAUCUCAAUCAUCAUUGAGGCAAAUAGUGCUCAUUGCCGACCAAGUGGUGCUUUGUUGGCCUUUGAAUACAGUUUGAAAAUGGGAAUAAAUAUCGAGAGAACUGCAUAUCUUGCCUUGAUUGGUGUUUUCGUCAGAACAAAUUCAUUUCCGAAAGUUGUGGUGGUUGUUGAGGAAAUGGCGAGGGCUGGACUUUAUCCUGGAACUUAUCUGGGUGCACUGUUAAUUUAUAGGCUCGGCUGUGCUAGAGAUCCUGUUUCUGCCGCAAAGGUAUUUGAUCUAUUGCCUGACGACCAGAAGAACACGGCCACUUACACUGCUUUGAUUUAUGCCUACUUCUUUUCUAGAAAUGGUGAUAAAGGGCUUAAAGUAUUCAAGGCAAUGAAAAAUAAAGGGAUUCACGUUGCAUUGGGGACGUACGAUGUUCUAUUAGCUGGUCUUGAAAGAAGUGGCAGAAUUCGUGAAGUGGAAUUAUAUGUGAAGGAGAAGAAGUGCCUUCAAGCUGACGGACAUUCUCAAGAUAUUGUUCCCAUGGAGGAAAUAAUUUGUAACCUUCUCUUCGCCGGGGAUGUGUUUUCUUGAGUAGUUGGGAACCGAGAUCAAGCCAGUUGUUAAAUGAUUUGGGCAAGGAUUAUUAGUUGAUACGCCCAGUUCCAUGCUUCUACUUCCCAAGUUGCACAUUGUAUUAUCUGCUGUUUCUAUCUUUUGCAUUUUUCCAGUAGUUUGUACUAGGUUUUGAAAGUUGAACUUGAUUUGAUAGACUUUCUUUUACUCAAGAAAAUGUGAAGGAAGAAGAAUUAUCUAAAUUGUAUUAAUUUAAUGGAAGCCUCGUGGUGGAAUAGUAAGAGCAAAUUGGACGGCUCAUUGUUGAAGUA